GGAAAUGUGCGUGUCUGUUUUGAGGAGUAACUGCGCAUGUCCACUGGGAGGCACACGUGUCCCUUUCAUCCGUUUUUGGUGUGAUUGCACUCUCUCGUUUUGAGCGGAAGCUGCUGUCAAUAUGGAGGAGAAAACUGCUGUUCAGUCAGAAUUUUCUUAUUUAGACUCCUUUUUGAAGGAGCUACAUGCUCAGAACCCAGCGGUCCUUCUCGGAUUAGUGGUCGCGGUGAUCGUUGUUCUUUUUACGAUAGUGUUUUUUCAGGUGUUCUGGAGUAGAAAAUCCACCAGAAAUGCGAUUCUGCUGAUCGGACUAUGCGACGCCGGGAAGACACUUCUGUUCAGCCGGCUACUGUCUGGAAAGUUUAAAAGGACUCAGACAUCAAUCACAGAUAGCAGUGCUAUUUACAAAGCAAAGAACGACAGGGCGAGAAGCUGGACUUUGAUUGAUCUACCUGGGCAUGAGAGCCUGCGCCCGCAGUUCAUAGAGAAGUUCAAGUCCAUGGCCAGGGCCAUCGUGUUCGUGGUGGACAGCGCCAUCUUCCAGAAGGAGGUGCGUGAUGUAGCAGAGCUCCUGUACUCCCUGCUGACAGAUUCCGUGGUGGUGAAGAAUGCCCCUACACUCCUGGUAGCUUGCAAUAAGCAAGACAUUACAAUGGCCAAGUCAUCAAAGCUGAUUCGACAGCAGCUGGAGAAGGAGCUGAACACCCUGCGAGUGACGAGAUCAGCGGCCCUGAGCUCCCAGGAUGGUUCCUCUGGGGGCACCAGCGUGCCUCUGGGCAAGAAGGCCAAGGACUUUGAGUUCUCCCAGCUGCCCAUGCAUGUGGAGUUUGUGGAGUGCAGCGCCCUGGGCGGCGGGGCAGAGGAGGCUGAGUCUGAUAUGGAGGCCCUGGAGAUGUGCCUGGCUAGGGUGGCAUGAUGCAGUUGGGGAGCGAGAGAGAGAGAGAGAGAGUGAGAGGGGGGGCUGUGACCGCAUCAUAAUGACACGGUCUGUGUGCUAAGUGACAAAAGUCCUGUUUCUUCAGACUAUUUUUUUAUGACAUUUCCCUCUCCCUUUAGACCGUGUAAGAUCAUUUUACACAAAGCAGCUCGAAAGUAGUAUUUUUUUUUUUGGUCACUGUCUCAUGCAGGAAGGGUUAGGGAGUCUAGGUAAAAUAGGAACCUAGACUGAAAACAUGAAUAUUGAAUGUGUGAAGAAAAUGUCACCUGCUACCUUUUAGCUUUUAAGUCAUGGCCUGGCAGCUUUCCUGAGCUGUUAUCAGUUUACACAGGUACCAUGUUGAAGAAAAUUAAACGAGCUGUUCUCUGCCUGUCUCAUCAGCCAGUAUUAACCCUACAGACAAAUUCCAAGUGAUUCCUCUUCAACACCUUUGAAGGAUCUAUACUUCUCCUUGCUUUCAUCUGUGAGAAAUAAACAGCACAAUCUGGACAUUUAUGUUUAUGCUCCUCACACUCUACAAGCAUAGUUUCUCACCUCUUCUCCAACUUGUUUAAGAGGAGUAUUUUCUGUUUGUUCUUAGCUACCUUACACACCUUAAAUGUUGCGUUCUGUUUUGGGAAUAAGUUUUUAUCCCAUGAUGGAAACACUUAUGGAAAUGUAAAGCGUGGGAGAGUCCGGUUCAGUACCCUCUGUGCUAUUUUGGCGGCACAGGGAGAGCGGAAUGUUUUAGGUUCCGUGUUGUGGCUGAAAUGGCCGGGUUCCUCUCCCUGCCUUCGCUUUACAGCACCACUGACUGUCUGUUCUGUGCCCACAGCAGGUAGUCAAGCAAGAGGCUGUGUUUCUAGAAGUUUGUGUGUCUGUGCCGCAUGGUUACAAGUCACAGCCUAUGUGUGUCAAAUGUAGUCUGUAUGUUAAGAUUUAAAUAAAAACCAAAACGGAAAAAAACUGC